GUGGGUGAUGUGGGAGUGGUCGUGUGGUUUAUUAAGAGGUGUGUCACCGGAAUUAGACAGGCCAGGGCUGCUCUGCGAGUUUGCUGUGGGUUUCGUGCAAGAUUGCCAAGAUACAUACGAGGCGAUGGCUAGCUCUACUGUCAGACAGAGAUCAGUGGGAGAGGAGCUAAAAGAUAAAAGAAAAGAGCAGCGUCACUUAAAGAAGAUCAAGGACGAUGCUGAAACAAAGCGAAAAAGAAAAAUAAUAUUGUGGAUACUAGCACUCACAGUUCUCCUCUCCCUCUCUGUCUAUUAUUAUAAUUAUAAACCCUCCAAGGGAAGGCAGCAGACACCUUCUCCCAUCCCCCAACAGGCUCCAUCAUCCGGUAUCAAUGACGCAAAGUCAAGCAAUCAGUCUACUACAAAGAGCGAACCAUCUUCAAAAAAGUCUCCAUCAACGAAAGAACAAUUGUCUAAAUCGAAGUCUAAAAAGAAUAAAAGUUCGUCCGAAAAAGUCUCGUCCAAGAAAGAGAAAGCCUUGCCCAAAAAAGAGAAGGCCUCACCCAAAAAAGAGAAGGCCUCGCCUACAAAAUCUCAGAAAUCAGGCCCAGCUUCGAAAAGCAGGGAAGAGCUUUUAAAGACGAAAAUCAGCGACUUACCAAUCCUCCGUCGCCCCGUCCCCCCCAGCGACCCCGACCGACCACUUAUAAUGGAAAUACUCGAGGCAGACGACUAUUUAAAGGGAGGCUACUACUCUGAGGCACUCGAUAAAUUCAAAAAGGUUCUAAAACGUUUUAAGCAGAGUCCCCGAGGUCUCUUAGGCAAGGCUCUUGCUUUAGAAGGACUGGGAAAGACCAAAGGAAGCAUCAAGUACUUGGAUAAAGCUAUUGACAUUUACUAUCAAAUAUCAUUUGAGGCGAGCUCGUUGGCAAAUGAUGAUAUAAAAUUAGCAGCGCUAAUGGGACUAGCUGAUUGCGCAGAGAGACGAGAGAAGACGACCAUGUUGAUUAAAGCGUUGAAAAAAGCAGUUGUAAUGGAACCAAUGCACGAGGUAUAUGCCACUAAACUAGCCCAAGCAUACAUGAAAGGAGGACAGAUGGAGGAGGCAGAGAAACUCCUUGAGGACGUCAUUAAUAAAUGGCCAGGGAACUCUCUCGCCCACGCUAAUCUUGGAUACCUUCAUUAUAAAGGUGGGCGGUUUGAUAAAGCAAUGCCUCAUCUUGUGAAAGGGCUGUCUGAAAAUAGAGAGAUACAAAAGAAUCCAAAGUUUUAUUUAUAUACCGGAGAGACUCUCUCAAGAUUGGACAAGACUGAAGAGGCUGGUUUAGUAUAUGCUGAAGGUGUUGCUAGAGGUUUCUUUCCAUCAGUUGAUCAGAGAUCACUGUACAAUGAGCCUGACCUUGAAGCCAGGCCAUGGUGGAAAGUGAACGAAGUGGGAGAGCAAGUCCUAGUUGAAUUAGAAAAGAUGGCACCUGUCCUGAAAAGUGAGUUAAUGUCAGCUAUAGAGACUAAUGCUGAUAUGUUCUCUGAUGCUAAUCAGACACAGAUCAUCCUCAUAUCAAAAGGAAAGUGGAACAAGAGACCCUGUACAGUCCUACCCACUCUCUGCCAGCUCCUCCAUAAAAUGCCUUCAGCUACUAAAUGUAGGAGAGGAGAGACAAAGGUAUUACUAAUCCCAGGCCCAGUUCAUAUUUCGUCUCACAUUGGGCUCACCAACACAAAUUUAAGAGCACUCCUUCCUCUAAACUUAUCUGGCCCAUUAAAAAUAAGAAUGAACAAAGACACAAGGGAGCUAAGAGAAGGACUGGUCUCAGUCAUAGAUGACUCGUUUGAACAGGAAAUGCUGUACACUGGAAAGGGACAGAGUCUCAUUCUUACGGUUGAUUUCUGGCACCCAGACUUACCAGAAACAAAGAGAAAAAAAUUAUCGACACUGUAAUAAUAAUAAUAUUAAUAAACUUUAUAUUCGUAACAUUUUAUGAUUUUUAGAAUAAAUAUAAUAAUUAUUAUUAUUUCAUUGGUAUACUAAGGAACAUUGUUUCUUUAAAUACA